AUGGUGCGCAUGAAUGUACUUGCGGACUGUCUGAAGAGCAUAAUUAACGCCGAGAAGCGAGGAAAGAGACAAGUGCUGAUCAGACCAUCAUCAAAAGUCGUCAUAAGGUUCCUACGCUUGAUGCAAAAGCACGGGUACAUAGGAGAGUUCGAAGUGAUAGAUGACCACAGAUCUGGCAAGAUCGUUGUCGACUUGGUGGGCCGCCUCAACAAAUGUGGCGUCAUUUCUCCUCGUUUUGACAUUGCUUUGACUGAUAUUGAACAGGUGGCUACAGAUCUGCUCCCUUCAAGACAAUUCGGCUAUGUGGUUUUGACCACAACUUUUGGGAUCUUGGAUCACGAAGAAGCCCGUAAAAGACACACUGGAGGAAAGCUGCUGGGAUACUUCUUUUAA